GGUAUUCCCAGCGCAUCCGUGAGCACGCUCCUGACCUCGCUCUGCAGCAGAACACGCAGAUGGGGAGGCUGUGCGACAUUCUGGAUGCCAACGUGGACGUCAUCUACAUCUGCCCCCUUCGCCUGAGCGAGGAGUUACUGCAGUAUUACAAUAAACUCCUGGGUCUGCGGGCAGCUGUUAGGUCUGGGAAGCCCGAGGACAUGGCUGACCUGCAGGACAGGUUCAAAAUUCUCACCCCUGAAGCUAUAAACAGCUUCCCUAAGCAUCACAUGUGCCUGGCCACUCAGCUCAAGUACAGUCCCAAGACAAUCAGAAGAAUCCAAACCCUGAUCCAGAGCAGAGAUGCCUACAUUAUCGGAGGGGUUCCCCACGAAGAUGAUUUAGCGGUGGCUGACUUGCUGAACGUGCCCAUCCUGGGCUCGGAGCCGGAAGUGGCUCAGCUCUACAGCACCAAGUCUGGAAGUAAACGGAUUUUUGGCAGUGCUCGUGUGCCAACCCCUCCUGGAGAAGCUGACAUCUACAGCGAGGAGCAGCUGGUCGGGGCUCUCAGCCAGCUCAUCGUUGACAACACGGACGUGCGGUGUUGGUUGUUUAAAGUGAACGAUGAGUCUGGAGGAAACGGCACGGCCUAUUGCGACGUUGUCUCCCAUCUGAAGUGCUACCAGUGGCUUCAGAAGGAGCGGCAGAGGCACAGCCCCGAGGCGUGGAGUAAGAAGUGGGCUCGUGAGCCAGCUUUGGUGAAGAUCUCCCAGGAGCUGCCGGGCCUUUUAGCACAGCACGUACAGCCAGUCAAUGAGAAACGAUUCCCUACAUGGGAAAAAUUCCUCCAAACAUUUCUUAGUCAAGGCGGUGUGAUAGAAGCCUUCCCGCUCGCAGAAAGCGUCACAAACCUUACGGUGGAUGUGCUGAUAGAGCCAACAGGCCAGAUCAGAAUCGUGUCAGCUGGAGACCAGCUCCACGCCGACGGGCCUCUGCGGUCGUCUGGCACCACCAUUCCACAGCGCUCUGUGGAUCCGGCGGUCCUCAGUUCCCUCUGCUUGAAAAUCGGAGAGACCUGCAGAUCUAAAGGAGUGCUCGGUUACUUCUCAGUCGACUUCGUGACUUUCAUCCAUCCCCAAACGAUGGAGCAGCAGGUGUGGGCAACAGACCUUGAUCUCUGCUACAGUGACCAGCUGGCCAUGACUCAGCUCAUGUUGUACGUGACAGAUGGAAAGCUGGAUUGUGGCUCCAGCUGCUUUGAAGUGUCUCUUGCUUCAGAGAAAAUGAAAAGUCAACGUAUUCAGCAUGAGGAGACAAGAACACCUUCUCCAAGAAGCAAGCGGUGUGCAGUAGCAAGCAGUCAACUGAGGCACUCCAGCCUUUCAAUGAUCUACUACAACGUCCUCCUCCAGAUAUGUAAAGCUCAUGGUGUUGGAUUUGACCUCCAGGAAAAGCAAGGAACAGUUUUUAUAUUGUAUGAAGAUCAGGAGCGAUGCAGAUUUGGAAUGGUAACAAUCGGAGAGGAUCUCCAGGGGGUCCUCAUGACCUUUGCUCGCAAUCUCUUCAUCAUCCAUCAAGAAAUAUCAGCACCUAAUAUGCAAGGCGAGACCAAUUUUAAGAUGGCAAUUCAAGAUAUUGAAGCAAUUCUAGGAAUUACAGCAGAAAACAAACUGAAACUGGAAGAAAAGCAACCUUCGAAAGCAGAUGCUCUGAAAGAAUAGUUAACGGAAAAUGUUUAAGUGCCUUAUUCUUUAUGCUUCUGGGAAUGCUUUCUCAUCUGUAAGAACAGGUUUGGUUUUCCUUCUGCAGUGGCACGUGAAGUAACAUUAACCGAGACAGUAACUUUCCGUGGUUUCUGAGUGAGGUGGUUAGAAUAUCCCUUCUUUCACAAAAAUAAACUGAGGAAAAGCAG